AUGAUGCCAGUGAAGCUAAGAAAGAAACAAGUUAUGGUUUUGGGGACAAUAUUCUUUUUUGUCUGUACUUUCCUCCUUUCAGUACAUCCAAGUAACGAUGGGAAUCGUCACUUUUCAUCAAGAAUUCAAUCGGGUUUUGAAUCAGUAUUUAAUAGUGCAAAUGAAAUCGUUGUAACAAGUACCUGGUUAGGAAACGGAAAUGAUCCAUACUAUGUGAAGGUUUUAGAGGGUUUGAAGCGAUACAGACCGUUAGAUCGUCCUGAAGAUCCCUCGAUCUUUAAAUCAGAGGCUCUUUGUGAGAUUUACCAUUUAAGUUCACAUGACGGUAAAGAUAGUAAAGUUCAGUCCUAUGAGAAUUUAUACAAUUGUUUUAAUGUGCCGGAACAACUUAUGGCAGAACUAAAAAUACAGCAUUCAGGAUUCAUUAGCUUUAUUUCAUCUCAUUUGAAGCCAUCUGAGUCUGCUUUUAAGCGAUUAUUUCCUAGAGGGAAAGGUAUCGUUACUGUUGGUGGUUCUAGUCGUAGUAUUUUGGCAUUUACUAUGAUAAAGACAUUGAGGGAAAGGGGCACUACUCUGCCGGUGGAGGUUUUUAUUCCCAGUUAUGAAGGAAGGGAUGAUCAAUUCUGCAAACGUAUCAAAUCUAUGAAUGCAAUCUGCAUUGAUGAAAAACCAAUAUUUGGCGAUUCAAAAGAAAAAAUUGAACCCCAACAAGCUAAUGCUAUAGCUCUGUUAGUUAGUAGUUUUAAAGAGGUCUUAUUCAUUGAGGCUGGCAAUAUUCCUCUGAAGGACCUGGACCAAGUGUUCAAUAGUAAGGCGUACAAAGAAAAUGGUCUAGUCCUAUGGCCAGAUAUUUCAACUAGAACGACCUCGCCCUCUUUUUAUGAAAUGGCAGGCAUAUCUGUGGAUUUCACCAAAAGAAUAAGGUAUUAUUCCGAUGAUGUGAAUCCUCCAUAUAUGUACACGGAUAUGGAGAGCGAUGAUAUAGAACAAUUUAACAAAAAAGAAGUUCCAUUCCAUGACCUAGCUGGAACAGUUCCCAAUUAUUCCACAGCUUCAGGGCAGCUAAUAGUUAAUAAGAAUACGCACCUCAAAACUCUACUGUUGUCACUAUACUAUAACAUAUAUGGUAAUGAUUGGUUUUAUGAAAUGUUCUCACAAAAGUCUAAUAGCGAAGCGCAUAAGGAAACGUAUAUUCUAGCAGCACAUGCAUUAAUGCAACCUUACUACCAAGUAAAAACCCUCCCUACCUAUGAGGCUGAGAAAAAGCAGGACUACAAAAGCAUUUUACUACAUCGCAAUUUCAGACAAGACUACGAACGGUGGCGGAAUGCCAAAAAGGAGGUAAAACACAAACAUGGAUCUAAGAAGAAUAAAAAUAAAUUAAUGGAACUCAAACCGAACUAUAGUUUUGAGAAACACUUCGUUAAAGCUUACAUGGAACCUCCAGAUGAGGAAAGGAUAGAUAUUAUGUUCAUUCAUUCGAGUUUACAUGAACUCGUUCCAAGCGACAUUCUGAAGUCAGAUGUACCUAUUGAUGACACUGGUAAGAACUUUAGAUCGUUUAAAAGUUUAAAGCUUAUUAAUAACUUUGAUUUUGAGUAUUUCACCUAUGAGACGCUCCAGGAAUAUAUUUGUGACGAGGACAGAAUCGAGUUUGAUUACUUGCGCAAUAAACUGGGCAGCGAAUUCGGAAGCUAUGAUGCUGUGUGUGAAUAUAUUGAGCGUCGUGUACAGAUGUUAAAAGAUACCCAUGAUGAGGUUAUUGGCGUAGUCAAGAAAUAUACUAAUUAA